AUGCAUCACCGCACCGCAGUCGCAGCGACGGCGCUGGUCCGGCUCGCGGCCGCGGGCCUGUAUCCCGGCAUCACGACCGCGAACCACACGUGUGCGCUCGCCGAGCCGGUGCUGUCGUGCUCGCCCGGCGCGCUGCCGGACAGGGCUGCGGAUAGCUGCUGCACCGAGACGUUUGGGGGACUCGUGGUUGCUACCCAGCUUUGGAACACGCAUACCGGCCUCGAGAGCAAGGGGCAGGUCUAUGCAAAGAACGCCUGGUCCAUCCACGGGCUCUGGCCCGACUUCUGCAACGGGACGUAUACGCAGUACUGCGACCUGAGUCGACAAUAUGACCCCCAGCCAGUCCCCAACACCACCGACGGCACCCCCUCGGGCGUCCCCGUGCCGCCAUACGCGGGCGAGCCCAUCGACAGGUGGUUCGGGCCCUACGGCAAGCUCGACCUGCUGGCAUACAUGCGCCGGCACUGGGUCAGCCAGCACGACGCCAACUGGGUCUUCUGGGCCCACGAGUUCUCCAAGCACGCCACGUGCUUUUCCACCUUCCAGAGAGGGUGCUACGGCCCCAGAGCCCCCCCGCACGCCGACCUCUUCGACUUCUUCGACGCCGCCGUCGCCUGGCACCGCCCGCUCCACACCCACCGCUGGCUCGCCCGCGCCGGCAUCCGGCCGUCCAACGCCACCGCCCGCUCGCUCGCCGACCUGCAGCGCGCCCUGGCCGCACCCGCCUCGGCGAGGCUCGGCGCCCACGAGGCUACCCUCGACGGCACCCUGUCCAACUGCGCCACGGCAGCGGGCGCCGUGUGGUAUCAUGAGCGUGCCAGGGGCAGCGAGCAGUGA